AUUACAAAAUCAAAGAGGCAAUAACUACAUCAGACCGGUAUAAAACAUCUCGUUUGACAGAUUGCAAUAUCAAUGUACACACUAACCAGAAACUGCAUAAUGUAUAUCUUAAUAUGCAUUGUUCUUUGCAUGACGACUCAUGUUGCGGCUCGAUCGGCCCUACUUCAGUUGUGUGAUUCGCCGGUAGAUAUCGUGUUUGUACUGGAUACGUCAGCCAGCAUAGGAACAAGAAAUUUUGCCAAACAAAUCAAUUUUAUACAUGAUGUUGUUGAUAUGUUAAACAUCGGACCCGGAUCAAGACAGAGUCGAGUAGCUGCUGUUUCGUUUAGUAGCAAUGUGGUGUCCGAGUUCGGCUUCAAUGGUUAUCAGAAUAAAGCGGAUGUCCUAAAUGCUAUACACAAUGUUAAGUAUGAAUCUGGAUCCUCGACUAGAACCUACCUGGGCUUAGAAUAUGUCCACAAAACAGUUUUUGCUGUAGGUAAUGGUGAAAGGCCUGGUAUAGUAAAUGUUGUUGUAGUACUCACUGACGGGAACACAAAUCCUGGCCAUUCUCCAAUAACUGGUAUGGAAGGGAAACAGCUAACCCAAACUGAAGCGUCUUAUAUAAAAAGUCUUCCAGCGAACGUUUUUGCCAUAGGAGUUGGAAGUGGUGUGGAUAAAACUGAGAUAGAUGGGAUAGCAUCUAAACCUUCGGAAACUUUCAGUCUUUUCGUUGAUUCAUAUGACAGCCUUGACACAUCAGUUAUCAAAAACACAGUUUUAACAAGGGUUUGUGAAGUUGUACCUGUACCAGCUCCUUCACAGCCUCAACCAGCUCCAACACAACCUACACCACCUCCUACACAGCCCCCACAGAGGGAAGACCCAGCAUGCUACAAGAAAAAAGCUGAUGUAUUUUUCGUUGUUGAUACAUCAUCCAGUCUGAACGUAUUCGAAAAUGUUAAAAAGGAACUUAAUUUUGUGGGAGAUGUAAUUGAUGCUUUCGAAGUGGGGUCUGACAAGGUAAGGGUAGGAAUGAUGACUUUUAGCAAUAACCCGCAAAUGUUAUUCCAAUUAGACGAUUUCAAAACAAAAGAGGAAAUCGCUAAGGUUCUAAUGGAGAUGAAUGCUGACGAAUGGAAGGGAGGUAAUACGUACAUUGAUGAAGCUCUUAGACUUUUAAUGAAGGAAGGACUAUCAACGUCACAUGGCAGUCGUAAUGGUGUUCCCCAGAUAGCCGUUAUCAUCACUGACGGAGGAGCGACAGAUCGAAGGAAAUUUGAAAAAGCGGUCAAUGAGUUACGACAAACUAAUUACAUAGUAUUUGCCAUAGGUGUUGGACCUGACCGUAAACCUGUUGAGUUGAAGAAAAUUGCGUCCGACUCGUCACAUGUAUUUGAAGUAGAAAAUGUACAAAGUCUGCAAGCAAUUAGACAGGAAUUGGUAGUCAAAUUGUGCGAACAAGGUGACCAGCCAGCUCCACCCGUAGUGCCAUGUGAAGGCGCACAGGCAGACGUCAUCUUUGUUGCAGAUAGUUCUAGAAGUAUUGGAUAUGUAGCAUUUAACGAACUGAAAAGGUUUGCUGUUGAUGUGGUGAAGAGGUUCACUGUCAGUCCAAGUGAUAUACAAGUGGGUCUCAUUAAAUUUGGCAACGACACCAACUUUGAAUUUACAUUAGGUUCGUACAGAGACCAGAACGAAGUACUCAAGGCUAUAUCUCACGUUAAGUACUUACAGGGAAUGCAGUUAACGUACACAAAUAAAGCUUUGAACCUACUGACUCGACAAGGUUUCUCUAACGAGAAUGGCGGACGUGGUGGACAGAUUCCUAAAAUUGCCAUUUUGAUAACAGAUGGCGAACCAACAGACAUUGAAGCUACACGCAUAGCAGCAGAGAAAGGAAGGCAAGAAGGGAUCAUUAUAUUUGCAAUAGGCGUUGGGCAGUACAUUGAUCAGACUGGAUUAGACAUCAUGGCUUCCUCUCCGACUGAAACUCAUUCUUUCGCAGUUGACAACUAUGCAGCUUUAUCAUCUAUCGAAGAAUCCUUAGCAGAAAAGACGUGCACAGCUGCAAAGAAAACAAAACAGGGAUGAAUAUGGAAUUGAUGAAAUGACAUAGACAUUAUCAUAACCAAGUAAGCAGUGUACCUCAAAUGAAUGUGAAUUAAAAACAGUAAAUGUAUUUUUCCCUUUAUUGUUACACAAAAUUGUUCAUUAAAGCAUGCAGCAUUGA